AUGUCAACCAUUGUACACAAACGUGAACCAGGGAAGAGCAACGAACAUUAUGUCGCGGAAUGUCUAGCAAAUAAGACAGUGCCCCAGGUGUUCGAGGAUUUUCUUUCUGAGAAACUAAAGGAUACUAUUAUUGAACAACAUAACAAAAUAAAUUUUCUGCUAACCAAAGAAGAACUAAAAUCAUUUAUUGGCAUACUACUUCUGAGUGGUUAUCAUAGGCUUCCCCAUGAGAAUAUGUACUGGGAACAGGCUCCUGAUGUCGGUGUACCUUUAGUCUUCAACUCCAUGUCAGGAAAUAGUUUUCGGGAAAUAAAGAGAUUCAUUCAUCUCAAUGACAACUCCAAAAUAGACAGAAAUGACAAGAUGUACAAACUAAGGUUGUACUUUGAAAUUCUGAAAAAGGAAUUUGGUAAAUUUGGCGUAUUUCAUUCAGAACUCUCAAUUGAUGAAAUGAUGGUACGUUAUUAUCGCAAACCUUCAGCUAAAAUGUUUCUGAGGGGAAAGCCUAUCAAAUUUGGAUAUAAAAUUUGGUGUCUUACAAGUUCCAAUGGCUUUCUUUAUAAUUUUUCGCCAAACUGUGGCAAGACUGACAACAAACAGGAGCCUUUAGGUGCAAGGGUAAUAAAUGAACUAACCAGCAUGAUUCCAGAAUCAGAGUAUCUGAAUUAUAAGCUUUUCUUUGACAACUUUUUCACCAGUGUUGACACACUGAUCACACGCGGAAAGAGUAAAAUGAAAGCUACAGGAACAAUAAGAGAGAUCCGAACUGAUGCAUGUCCUUUGAUUGACUCGAAAAGAAUGGCAAAAGAAAAGGAUCGAGGAUUCUAUGACUACAUGUUUGACAAAGAGAACGAAGUUCUGGUUGUGAAAUGGAGUGACAACAAACCAGUAUGUGUAGCGACCAAUUACAGUACUAUUACUCCUCUGAGUUCUACUAAAAGAUACUCACCGGCAAAGAAAAAGGAAAUAUGCCACAUCUCAUUGAAGAAUACAAUGCCCAUAUGGGCGGCGUAG